UAUUUUAUUUGCAUUAGGCACCCCGAAAUGACUGAAGAUAUUACUAACAUUCUUACUGCGGGAAUCGCCGCGCUUGACUUAAAACAGUCGAACGAGGAGACGUGUGAUAUGGGGAAUAGCGCAAACAAGCCGUUGAAUGGUAGUGUUUCGCAGAGGCCAAUCGCAAAGUUUACUCGUCGUAUUAGAACUCAGCAUGCAGAUCAGUCACGUGGCAGUUCAGUGGAGCAAACACAAUUCUUGGGUGCAAAGGACAAAGAGAAGGCUGUUGGAGACAUUUCUCGGCUACGCAAAGAUUCGCAUUCUGAGACUGGCAACUGUACAUCGACCACCAAGUCGCCAGCGGUGGACUCGACACAGUCUAAACUCGAAAUUUUAUUACUUGAAAACGAGAAAUUGAGGAAAGAAGUAGAUGAAUACAGAGAUAAAUGGAACGAAGAAGUCUCAAAACGGCUCGAAGCAGAAAGCGACCUAAAGGAGAAAGAAGACGAACUAUCCACAUGCCGCAAAGAACUAGAAUAUCUAAAACGCCAAACCCAACAACUUCGAUCCCACACCACCACCGAGCAAAUAUCUCUAUCCGAAACCAACUUCCCCACCCUCACCGACAUCUCCUUCUCAAAAGCCUACCAACAAACCGACUACUCCACACGCGUAACCCUCAACCUCACCCUCUCCAAAACCUACAUCUUCCUCGCCAAAGAAUGGGACAAAACCGGCCACCCCUACGAAAGCCCCGAUGACGGCGCGGUAGCCCUCGUCCGCCUCUUCGGCAACCUCUACGCCUCAAAAUGCGGUCCACCCCCCGAUCUCUGCACCGACUUCAUCGACCGAAAGAUCUGGACGCGCAAAGCCAUGCUGCUCUCUAAGAUGCUGGGCUUACCGCUGGAGCACCGGUGGGCGAUGCAUGCAGAGAUGCAAUUGAUUGCUUUUUGGCUGACGCGGUACCUGGGGUCUGCGGGGUUUGCGAUGCGGGAUUUUGAUGAUCCGGCAGCGUAUAAGGCGUGUCCGGAGGUUGAAGGGGGGACGGUGAGGAUUUUUGUCAGUCAGAGGGUUUGUGCGUCUUGUUUGGGGGUUGUGGAGAGGGUGAAUUGGGUUGUGGGGAAGUAUGGGGUGGAGUUUGAGGUGGUGGAGAGGAGGGUGGGGUAGUGGGUUUGUUUGGGUGGUUGAUGUGGGUGAGGAUGUUGGGAAUGGGAUAAGUACGAUCGAGCGGUGGUUUCAGAAGUUGAGCAGGUAGGUACUAGGAUGGUGUGAGGUUACGUCGUUUUGCUCUUACGUAGGUAAAAUUGAGUUUGGUCGAUUAUGAAUAUCUUGAGA